UGAUAAGCUCAUCUCAGUACAUGGGUUGGGCCUAUAUUUACUUCAACAUUCUUGGUUACAAGUCUUCUCCUCCCUCCAAAAAUCUCUAACAAUGGCGCUUCACAUUCUAACAUUCACCACUGCAGCACUUCCAAUUCCCUCCAAAAUAUUUAAUCAUUCAAUCCAACCAAGAAGCUCUCUCCACCUUCACUUCUCAAAAGCCAUCUCAACGAGGCACUUCUCAGUUCAUCACAGUUCAACACAGCCUCAGAAAUAUGUGUAUCCUGACCCAAUCCCUGAAUUUGCUGUUGCUGAGACACAGAAGUUCAAGGCUGAGCUAUUGAAGAAGCUGUUCAAAGAAAAGGAAAUAUUUGGAGACGAGCUUGACGAUGUUGUUAGUGUUUGUGCUGAGAUUUUUAAUGAAUUCUUGCACAAAGAAUAUGGAGGACCCGGGACACUACUGGUGGAACCUUUUACUGAUAUGAUGGUAGCUCUCAAAGAGAGGAAACUUCCAGGAGCGGCAUUGGCUGCGCGAGCAUCAUUAUUGUGGGCUCAAAAUUAUGUUGAUCAGGAUUGGGAGACUUGGAACUCAAAACGACUAAGGCAAUGAAAAUGGUCAUUUUAAUAAUCAUCGCUAAUCUUCAGAGUUGCU